CGUAUUGGUUGUGUUACUCUUAGUUUUAAAUAUAUACAUAUGUACAUACAUUCAAUUUGUGCAGCUGUAGUACAUAUGCAAUGUUUAUUGUGAUGUAAAGAUCUGCAGAAGACAAGACACAUUCACCAUGCCGCAGAAUGAGUAUAUGGAGCGUCACCGUAAAUUGUACGGUAGACGACUUGAUUAUGAGGAGCGUAAACGCAAGAAGGAAGCUCGUCUUCCCAAAGAACGUGCACGAAAAGCACGCAAGUUACGUGGUAUUAAAGCCAAGUUGUUCAAUAAGGAGCGACGAAAUGAAAAGAUUCAGAUUAAGAAAAAGAUCCAGGCACAUGAAGAGAAGAAGGUGAAGAAACAAGAAGAGAAGGUUGAAGAUGGUGCACUGCCACAUUAUCUUCUGGACAGAGGAAUCCAGUCAAGUGCAAAGGUCCUUUCAAAUAUGAUCAAGCAGAAACGAAAGGAGAAAGCCGGAAAGUGGGAUGUGCCAAUACCGAAGGUGCGCGCUCAAUCGGACGCAGAAGUCUUCAAAGUGCUCAAAACAGGCAAAACCAAACGAAAGGCUUGGAAGCGUAUGGUGACCAAAGUAACAUUCGUUGGUGAAAAUUUCACACGCAAGCCACCUAAAUUUGAGCGUUUCAUUCGGCCGAUGGCGCUUCGCAUGAAAAAGGCACACGUUACGCAUCCAGAAUUAAAAGCAACUUUCCAUUUACCUAUCAUUGGGGUGAAGAAGAAUCCGAGUUCUCCCAUGUUCACGUCUUUGGGUGUUAUCACCAAGGGUACAGUGAUAGAAGUAAACAUCUCCGAGCUUGGUUUGGUGACACAAACCGGUAAAGUUGUUUGGGGAAAAUAUGCACAAGUCACUAAUAAUCCUGAGAACGAUGGGGUUAUUAAUGCUGUCCUACUUGUGUAAUUAUAUAAUAAGUAAUUUCGUGACUAAUAACAACAAACGGCUUGUAUUCAACUCAAAUCAGAAAUAAAAAAUACAUAUUCCAUAAAUGAA